AAAUGCUCAAGGCAUUAUACACUGCUUCCCAAGGUCAAUGGAUGCUGAAGCAAGCGCAUACCAGCACAUCCAGAUCAUCACAGUCCCAAGAAAAUGUGGCUCCGAUCUAAGGCUGUGUGAUAAAUCGUUGAAUGCCAGGUAUUAAAACAACAUCGUAUUAAGUGUUUCAACAAGGCAAUACAGUGGUACCUUGCUUCUCAAACGCCUUGGUUCCCAAACACUGGAAACGUUCCGGUAAGUGUUCCAGUUUUCAAACUUUUUCAGGAGCCAAACGUCUGAUGCGGCUGUCGGCUAUUGUUUCCGGGGCACCUGCGCCAAUCAGAAGCUGCGCCUUGGUUUUCGAACAUUUCGGAAGUCAUACAGACUUCCAGAACAGAUUAAGUUUGGCACUUUUGUUUUUGCGGUUGAUUUUGUGUUUCUGAGGCUUUUUCGGUUAAUUUGUUUUUGUGACUGUGUGGAACCCAGUUCAGCUACUGAUUGAUUGUGUGACUGCAGAAAUGGAUAAAAGCCCCCCAUCCAAACAAUGACUAUCAUCAGUGCAGGUAAGGGGGGGGGAAAUUCUAAAUCAUCUACAAUACUGUCUUAUUUAUUUUAUAGUACAGUACAUUCAUUUUAUGUAUCAAUGGUCUCAUUAGAUAGUAAAAUUCAUGUUAAAUUGUUGUUUUAGGGGUUGUUUUUAAAAGUCUGGAACAGAUUAAUCUGUUUUUCAUUACUUUCUAUGGGAAAGCACACCUUGGUUUUGGAAUGCUUUGGUUUUGGAACGGAUUUCCGGAAUGGAUUAAGUUUGAGAACCAAGGUACCACUGUAUACUGGUGAAUAAAACGUGGAGACUUAACAGCUUCCCAAAGGGAAGCUGGGGAACUAAUGCUUUGCAGGCUUUGUUUGCUCUCUCCCUCCUAGCCAAUAAGAAAUAAGGAUAAGCUCUCACACAAACCAGCAAACUCUUCCAGCUUCACCUGUAUCUUUAACUCAGCUAAUUAUGCAGAGCCUGCUAACAAUCCAGGAGGCACCCCCAUGGCUAGACAAUUAAAGAUCCAGGGGCAACAUAAACAGAGAAUGUAAACAAAGAACUGGAAAACACUUCUUUCCUCACACUGACCCCCCACCUCCGGAAAAAAAGGGUGGGAAGAGUUUUUAUUUUUGUUUUCUGGUGGUUCCCCCUAAAUAGUUUUCCUCCAUAUUAAAAAUGAAGGUUUCUAAAAUUUAUUUAAAGGAGAUUAAGUCUUUGCUUGCUUGCCCUCCUUCCCUCCCUUAUAAGGAGGAAAGAUUUUAAAAAGGGAGAGAUUGAUGGUAUGGGGGUUUUUUUGGGGGGGGGGGGUCUGUUGAGGACUGAAUGGAGAGGAGAAUGUUUAGCUGAAAUGGGAGGUUGGGUACUAUGUAAGAAUGAUGGGGAGGGGAUUUGUCGGUAAGCAGUGCAAGCAAACGCAUGUCUACUCACAAGCAAUCCCUACUGAAAUCAUCCGAGACUUACUCCCUGGAAAGUAAAAGUAAGUUUAGUUGAACUCAGUGGGGCUUAUGCAUGCCUAGAUUGAACCUCUAAGUGGGACCUCUGAGUGGGAAAACAGAUGCAACUUGACUAGUAAAUCACUUAAACUACUCUUAAAUUAGUUGAAAAUACAUUAAAUAUAUUAUAUGGAAGUUUACUUUAUAUUUUUUAUUAAAUAUACUUCUUCCUUACAUUUUAAGGCCCUCCACCGCUGCAGGGAGCCUUGUCAAGGCCUUCCGCUACUGCGGGGAGGUAUGGUGGGCCCCUUGCCACUGCAGGGAGGCCCAACAAGGCCCUCCGCUGCUGCCAAUAUAUGGUGAUAUAUUGUUAUAUUUAGCUGGUGUACAUCAUGGUGUUGAAAACCAGAUAGCGCCCAGCCCUGCUUCUAUGUUUCCCACUGUCCAGUAGAUGCUGUUGCUUAUAGUUGUGGCAGCACCCAGAACUCAAUUCUGAUCUUUAUACAGUGGUACCUUGGGUUAAGAACUUAAUUCGUUCUGGAGGUCCGUUCUUAACCUGAAACUGUUCUUAACUUGAAGCACCACUUUAGCUAAUGGGGCCUCCCGCUGCCACUGCGCCACCACCGCACGAUUUCUGUUCUCAUUCUGAAGCAAAGUUCUUAACCUGAGGUACUAUUUCUGGGUUAGCGGCAUCUGUAACCUGAAGCGUAUGUAACCUGAAGCAUCUGUAACCCGAGGUACCACUGCGGCUCCUCAAAUCCGGCCUGAUACCCAUUUUGCUUGUUUAAGUUAGAAAAAGUGGGUAAUAGGGACGCUCACAGAUGGGGAGGCUGGGGAGGGGGGGGAACAAAGUUCAGGUCAUUAUGGACUUGGAUUGAAACAGGCUCGGGGGUUUUAGAACCAUGAAAUUCAAUUUCCAAUCUCCAAUCCCCCAUCACUAAAUAUUAUUUUAGUAUUUUCCCAUGGCUUCUCUUCUAGUUCAUUUAUUUAGCUCAUAAAACUUAAAAGACCACUUGAUUGUAAAAAGCAAGUCUCAACACAGGGGAGUUGGAGCCCGACAAUGGAUAGGGGAUAUCACUCAUUUUUAAAAAAGCUCAGUGGAGAUGGAGUUCCAAAAGGUAAUCUGACUUUUAGAAGAAGGCCACAAGUCAAAACAGUUUCUGAACUUACUAGCUUAAAGGAACUUUAGCUUAAAAAUACCUUUAUGGCCUUAGCUCUUGACCACAACGCUAAAAUAUAAUGCUGACACAGUGGGGAGAAAAACGCUUCAGAUAUGUAGGAAGGAUGUACCGUUUCUAAUUAUGGUGUCACCAGAGAUGAAGAAGCUAUAUUCAGAGAUAGAGAAGAAAGUUGCUGGACUUCCUUUUCUCCACAGAGGCUUCAUUAUUGGAGAAAACCCCAAAGUAAAAUUGCUCAAAGCCAUUCUCCUCAAAAAAAAUUUAAAAAAAUUUUUUUACCUUGGACUGUAAAAAUAAAUCCUUGCAGGCUAAGUAGUCAUCACUUUAGUGCUUAGCAUAUGGUAAUUGUAUCCACAUGGCAGGAUAGAUGGCUGCCUGGAACCUCUAACCUCUAAUGGUAAAACUACCAUUGUUACCAAGGCUCAAUAAUCUGGGAGAAAUGGAGAAGUAACAGGAUGGUAAGGAGAAAUGACUCCCCCACAAAGUUACAUGUGCACAUGGUAACCUUUUAAAUGGCUAUCUGGCAAUUGCCAGUUAUUUGUGACUACCCUGAAGGAUUUCAGGUCUAAUUUAAGAGGUGGAGGAAUUCAAGCAUACCAGUAAGACACAUUUACUAACUUGAAAGCCUUUCUCCUCCUCCUGGAUGCCUAUCAGCUGGUUUUGAUUACUCAGUGCUGAGAAGGUACCAGGGGAAGCUAGUCAAUGGGGACAAAUGAGGCACUGCCCCAACAACUUCAUUCUGCCCUCAGCCAGCUCCCUCCUGCCUGCAUCCUUACUUGGGACACAGAAGGAAGCAGGGAGCUCGGUGCAUGCACAGUGGCAGAACCAAGCCAAAGCUCCUGGCAUUGCGUCCACACCAAACUCUCCACUGCCUUAUCCCCCCCUUCCUCAGUAAGCGGAAGUGACAAAUGGCACUAGGAAGAAAGGGGACCUGCCUGCAUCACUGCAUCCACCAUGAUUGUUACAACCAUUCCACGGGUGGCACCUCUCUCUGUCAGCUUAGUUUAGUGUUGACAACCAGUACUAGAAGGCACUCUGCCCAUUCUCUGAAAUAUCCUCUUCUUAUGAGACGACUGAUCCUUCUCCCUGAAUGCUGGCUUUGGGCUGAGCCCCAAUGAGCCAUGGCUCAUAUUACCCUGACACUGAGACAUAGCACGUCAACUAAAUAUGGCUCCUGCUCUGUUUUCUUGUGAAACUGCAAGCAAGCUAUGGGUGGGGUCUAAAGUGCCAUGAAUGAUGAAUGAUGAUCUCCUUUCAGCACCCCCUUCCAACAGCAUCCUCUGCUGCCCCACAAAGCCACCCCCACCCACAACGCUUCUGAAGCAACAUCCUGUGAUGCCCAAUGGACUCUCACCAGCAGGAAAUAAAACCCCUUCCACUUGAACGGAAACACUUUCCACUCAAAACACUGGAGAGAGUAGGUUGGAUCCUGGCCAUUAUUUAACUUAUCCAGUCAUCACUUUUACAUUCUACAAAGCCAAAUGCUUCAAUUGUGAAAGAGGAUUACAGUUCCUUGUUAAACAUUAAGUAUUACAACUAGUACCGCAAAGCUGAAUUGAUUUAAAGCUUUUGUUAAUUAUUGACGGGGGGACAAAUCCCAAUUGAUCGUAUUGACAGUUAAGGGGAUUUUUUUUUGGGAGGGGGUGAGGUUCUUUGCCUUCUGGAAGAUAACUGUGAUAAGGAACGGAAGAGAAAAAGAAAAAAGGUCUUUCCAACUAACAGGCAUUCAUGCAUACAUCCCUCCAUUCAUUCAUUCAUUUCCCACAUUUUCCAAAUCAAAUGUGCAACUUUUGGUUCAUAAUGCCCUUGUAGAGGGAAAGACUGAUAACUGUAGAAGGGAGGUGAAGUGCAAAGCUAAUGAAUCGGGACUUGGAAGAGACAUUUGAAAAACUAGAGCCAGAGUUAAAUUACAUACUUAUUUAACUAAGAGAUUGUAAACACAAAAUUGUACUUUUCACUUAAUGUGGGCAGCUUGUAUGAUCCUGGCAUUGCUAUUGUGUUGAGGAUGGGAAUGGUUCCCCAUGCUCACUAUGACCACAAGUAAGUAGGGGUCCCUGGCCUCUGUCUAUUAAUAAGAGGGACAACAGCUGCUAGCAGCUCUUCCCCAACCUCAAGUCCAGUGUGGUAUCUGUGAUGUACUGAAGGAAGCGGCAGGCCAGCAUACAAGGUUGAAUUGUAGAGUUGGAAGAGAUCCUGAGGAUCAUCUGUCCAAGCCCCUGCAAUGCAGGAAUAUGCAGCUGUCCCAUACGGGGACCAAACCUGCAACCUUGGGGUUAUCAGCAGCAUGCUCUAACCAGCUGAGCUAUCAUGUUGGCCUCAGAAUCUUUUUCAGGCAUAGAAUGCAGGUAGGUGCCCAACAUUAGUUCCUGCAUUUGGCAAGCAGUAGGAGGGUUCUGGAUUGACCAGGACUGAGAAAAAUACUAUUGGUCCAGUCUGAAGAGGAGUACCUUUUGUUCCUCAUAGCAAUGCAAUAGGUGAGAUAUAUAUAUAUAUAUAUAUAUAUAUAUAUAUAUAUAUAUAUAUAUAUUGGGGGGAGUCCUAUCAUGCAUCUAUUAUUAUUAUUACUACAUUUUAACCAAACACAUACUGAGUCAGGCCCAGACCUUUUUAGGGAGCAAGCCAACUAUGCCCCCUCCUCUAUACAUGUACAUAAGUUCUGCCUCAAUUUAUGAGCAUAGGGUAAGAACCUCUCCACUGUUAUCAUCUCCAGACUUAGCGGAAAAGUCAAAUGCUUAUGUUGUGACCGAGAGGUUUGCAGAUCCUAGAUAAAUAUUUGAAAGCUCACCUUCAUUGUUCUUACAUGAUUUCCCAGCUACCAUGUUCUGCUUCUCAAAGAUUUUAAUGGCUCCCUUUUUGCAUUAAAAAGACAGAUGCUGUCAUUUUUCUUUGGCAACAUAUAACAAGAAAAGCACAAAAAUAUAAUCUAAUACCGUAUUAUGUCAUAUUUAGACAUGUCAUUGACUGUUGGCAUCCAGCUUGGAACCAGGAAGAUAUUUAUGCCGACUAUAAGAGCUCUUCAAAAGGCUACGUCUGCUAAAAUCACUUUAAGAGAAUAUUACACAUGACAUCACCCAUCAGUGACUACACUGACUCAGGGCAAUUACUGCUAAUCAACUUAGACUAUAUCUGUGUAGUUAUUUUUAGAUGUUUUAUUGAUGUUGAUCAAGAAAGCCUACUGUAGCACAUCCUUUAACCUAGUUGUCGUGAUGGUCAAUUAUUUCAGAGGUAUGGUAGCUUGUUCCUCUCCAUGCUAUGUUCUUUCAUUCAUGUUUGAAUUUUCAGUACUAUUAUUUCAAGCUUAUUGUUAACGAGACAUAUUAAUCCAUUGCUGAGCAAGAUCUGCCCCUGCUGGGGGUUUUCUGUACAUGGACUCACACUGAGCCAGUCUGAACAACUUUCAAGGAGUGUAGUGAGGCUAUAGUCAUGCAUCAUAGAUUUUACUAUGAUGCAAAAGUUUUGCCUCCACAGUCACUUACGGACUCACUGUUAAGACCGUGUUCAUAGAGGACAAUCUUACUCGGCUACGAGUGAUUGCCAAAGAAGAAAAAGCUAGGGAUUGAACCUGGAAUCUUCUGCAUGCAAAACUGAUGCUCUACGGCUGAGCUAUGGUCCUUCCCUAUCUAAUCAAAAUGUGGCACAUGGGCCUAAUGUUGUAAACGUAGAAACAAAGAAUUGUGGAGUUGGAAGGGAUCCUGAGGAUCAUCUAGUCCAACCCUCUGCCAUGCAGGAACAUGCAGCCAUCCCAUACAUACAGGAAUCAAACCUGAAACCUUGGCAUUAUCAGCACCACACUCGAACCAACUGAGCUAUCCAGGCUGACUUAAGAAUGAACCAAGCGAAAGAGAACUGCACAAUCUUAACACACACACACACGAACUCAAAACCAAUGGAUAACUGGAACAGCUUAACUUGCAGACAAAAUGCUGCUACUGCUUUUUUUAAAAAUCCCCUUCUUAAAAUGACUUGCUGAUGCUUAAGGUAAGUUUAUGUGGUAUUUGUAAUAUUCCCUCCCAAAGACGUAACUCAGAAAUUAAAAGACACAACAGUGCAAAGUUUUGCCCUUGAUUUGCCUAACCUGCUAUUGCUAUAAAUAACCCUUUUCCAGCAGCAGCUGCCCCGAUUAUUAUUUCCUAAAAGGCAAACAAAAGGCUAUUUACCUCUCGCACUGCUCCACCUGGCUCUCUUGCUUUAGUAGCCAGGCCCCAUCUUAAAUCUGUGAUCUAUUGUUCUUGCAUGAGCACACUUCAAAUGAAAUACAGUCUGUGGUCUCCGUUCAGGGCGCAGCGGAAGCUGACACCAGGUAAUGCAGUCAAGACCUUUCCUUAUCACUGUAUCAAUUACCAACCGUACCCACUCAUUGAAACAAAGCAGGUUCAAAGGGCUAAAUCUCCGUGUCCUUCGGGCUUCUGAACGCUACACUGUACUUUAACGUGUUGUUUAUUCCCUAGUAAUCAAUGUCACCAAAUUCAAGAGCUUCUACCUCCCCCAGGUAAGAGUUUAGUGAGGUAGAAGAAGAGCAAAGAGUUCUCUUCGCAAAAGUGAUUCAUUCAUGAGAGCUUUAAUGGACUGGGUGGGUUUUAGAGGUAGACAGUGGGAAUCUGCUUUCAAUUAACUGUGUCUUAUUUAUGCCUCUUCCCAAACUGUCGCCACACAAGGCAAGUUGCCCCUCUUAACUAAGUAACAGGAUAAUGUGAAACCUCCGGGAGAGUGGUUGGUAAAAAAGCACACACUCCGGGUAAAGCAAGUACACAAUGCUCUAGGGAACAGAGCAUUUUAAACAAAAUUGGGGUUUGAUCAUGUAUUAUGCUUCGAGUCUUUCCCCCUCCACACAGGAGCACUCAGUUUUAUUCCUCAAACAACAGCAAGAGUCAGAGGAAAGCUUUUGAGCCAUGCAAAGUUUAAAAUGUUGGUUGUCAAGGCAUGUGAUUUUGCACUUUUCAAGCACCUUCCCCAAAGUUCAUCAGAAUUUAUACGUUUUUCAAAUGGGCAGGAUUUUCUGGGCCAGGUUCAGCUGUAACAACAAACUAUGGGUUGUUAUUACACGAACAAGCCAGCAAGAGCCUUGGACUUGUGUGCUUCCCCGUUCUCUUUGCAUGAAAUGGAAGGAGAUCUAAAAGCGUCCAUUCUUGUUGUGUUAAAACCACCAUUUGUGGAAAGCCAGUAUACCAAAACAUAAUUGGAGCAAAUCAGUAGUUUUACUGAAUCUUGGGCAGCAGAGGGGGGUUGCCUUCUGAAAACCACACAACAUCACAAUAUCUUUCCAACUGUGUUCUGGUGAAUCCUGAGUUUCCUUAGAAGCUUACUGAGGUAGUGAUGGUGGCAAAUUUCCCGAAAAGAGUUUGCCCACCACUGAUGACCUUUCCCGUGCAAAUGAGCAGCUGUAUGGGAGCAUUAUAUUGCUAAUAAGCCUAGCUAGCUCUCCAUGAGAAUUUACUGUUCAAUCUUGGAACGUGAUCCAGGAUCUACUACAACAAGGUUGGAAAAUCUGUAGCCUUCCAGAUUUAUUUAUUUAUAUGAUUGAUCUAUUGCGGGGGGGGGGGGGUUUGAAAUGAAGCACAUGGAAAAAGCCCACGAAAAUAACACAAAUCCCUGAAUGACAUCUUAGUUGUUGGGAGCCAGUCAGCAUAGUCACUGGGUCGGGGAUGAUGGGAGUUAUACAAUACACAAUGUUUCCCAGCAGACAAGCCAACUUGGAAUGGUCUCCAUUAAGCUGCUAAACUUGAAAGUGUACAGGAUGGAAGGCAGCUCAGGAUACCAGAUUUUACUGCUUAUAACUGCAAAAUGCAAUGACAGCUUUCAAAAAAUCUGGGAGAGGUGGAUAAUGAAAAAUAUACCAUGAGGCCUUUUGCAUGACUAAGCACAGAACCAUUAAACAUGUAGUGAUGAGUGUUCAAACUGAACUCACUCCAAAAAUGCUUCUAUCUGAAAGAGCAUCACCAGACUCAACCAAAGACACUGCCAGUUUCUCACCUUUCAUUUCUUUCUUGCUUUCCCUCUUCCCCUGACUCCAGUAUCUGGCAAACACUGAGGAACAGUCACUUCAUCACCACUUUUCCUGUCAAAUAAGCCACUGGGCGAGUUCCCUCAACAGUUAGGAUUCCAUAAUAAUGCAAAAGGAACUUCAUGAUUAGCAAUACUCAAGGAGGAUUGUGAUCUCUUUUCUGCUCGCCUAAUCCCUACUGCCCAUUCCCGUCUUGUUUUCCGAACAUAUCUGGCAACUGGCUUAUUAACUGCCGGUGUAUCAGGUACUGUAAUAGAACUAUAUUUGUAUUUCCAGAAAAAUUGAAAUACGAUCCAAAUGUGGAUGCCACGGGGAAAUACAAAGAUGAUUCACAGCACAGGGCAUUCAUAAAGUUAGGCAUUCAGAAGUAUCAGAUAGUCAGUGUAUGGAAAUGUUCAGAAGAACUAUAAGGAACUAGGAAAACUGGAGUGAAUAUAUGAACUGCAAUGAAAAGCAGUUUGUCUGCGUCCAGGUUAAGAUGACCGCCUAAGCCAAACCUUGGCUUUGCUCAGCACAGCAGCAAAAAAGGAGCAAAGUUGCUGGGAGCUCCCCUUUGAGAACCCACAUUUUUGCACUAAUCCAAGGUUGGGCUUGAGGCAGCCCAUAGCUCAAUGGUCCUAGAUUGGUCCCGAAUUCUGGAAAGCCACCACUAGUCAACAAAGAUCAUACUGAUCUGGAGGAACCAAAGGAAUAUCUCAGUGUAAGGCAGCUUCCCAUAUUCUUACCGGGUCACUUCAACGCCAUACAUUUAAAGCCACUUCAACGCCAUACAUUCUUACGCCACUUGAACAGUUACAGCUUCCCCCAAAGAACCCUGGGAAACCUAGUUUGUUAAGGGUGCUGGUAACUGUGUGCAGGCUCUCCUAACAUUUCUCUGCACCCUUAAUAAACUACAGUUCCUGUGAUUUUAUGGCAGAGGCCAUGACUGUUCAAGUGGUAUGAGAGUGCUUCAAAUAGGAGCAUUUUAGGUGCAUCCCUGAAGCCUCCUGCCUAGAUGUCUUUAGGCCUAUAUGCUGAACCUCAUGUAUAAUCCCCUGAGCAGAAGGCAUUCCAGGAACUAUUCAAGUCUUGUCCUACCAUCACUGCCAACUUUUAGUUGAUAUGCUUUUAUUCAGGUUUUAGGCAUUGCAGGAAGGUAAGGUAAGGCAGGGCUGGACUUCCCUCCCAGUCUUUCCCAUCAUUAAAAAAAAAAAAAUCAAUCCCCUCUUCUCCUGGUUUCUCAGGCUUUGUUAGGAAGGAAUCAAGUGUCUCGCUUUAGAAAAACCUGAAAUAUUGGAAACCCAAGCAUGCGACAAAGUGUACCAUGUGCUUAAACAGUUUGCUUCUCAAUAUUUGUUCCACAUGGUUACAGCUUUUUGUUGUUCUACUGCAGAACAAUGAAGAGGUGACAGUGAAACCUUUCAGCUGCAAGUCAAAAUAAAUGAAGGUUUUAGGGAGUCUCCAGAAAGGAAGAAUGUGGUACCUCCAAUUCCUUCUCAGUAUGGUUUAUUUAAUUUGGAGCAUUCCCAUCUUUCCUUUCUCUCCAGAGCCUCUGCUUCCACUUCCGCUGCCAUCCGCUCUUCUCCCCAGGGCAAAUAAUUAGGAAGCAUUGGAUGCCAGAAGGCUAGCUUUCUACUCAUUGCAAUGCAGUUCAAAUUAAGUGCUUCCUUCUGGAAUAUCCUGGAAUUAAAAGAGGAAGCUCUUUAAUGGCGAAAUGUAUUAGACUGUGAAAUAGACUCCUCGCUCCCCCAGGGCAGGGCCUGCUUAAGAAAGUUAAAGCUUGCUGGAAAAAAUGUGCUUUAGGGAGCUACACUGAAGGCACAAAAGGCAAAGUUCCAAAUGAUGGGAGUAAUUAUUUUUUUUAAAAAAUCACUGAGUUAGCUUGGAAAUGAGAUAGAUAGAUAGAUAGAUAGAUAGAUAUGCAGAUAGAUAGAUAGAUAGAUAGAUAGAUAGAUAGAUAGAUAUGCACAUUCGAUAACAGCCAUCACAUUGCUUUUUCAAUGGUAGAAAGUUAUGGGGCAGCUUUGUGCAAUGAAGAUUGCCAGCAGCAGCAACAACAAAAACACAGAACCGAAGAAAGUGCCUUAUUCCAAAUGGUACAUUUAGUAGUGGCUAUUCAGGGUUUAAAACUUAAGAUGUUACCAAGACUACCUGGAGAUACCAGGGGCUGAACCCGGAAUCCUCUGCAUGGCUAGUAUGUGCUCUACCACUGACCCACAACUAUUUCCCAUUGCCUGGCCUGGUCAAAAUUUGGCUUAGGUACGGAAUGCAAAAGACGUAGAUCACAAAACAUGUAGAUUGCCAGAAACAGUCCCCAAACUCCCAAAGACCUGCACACAAUCUAGCUCUAGCUGCAACACCAUGGAAAUGAAAGGUGCACACUUCCCAUGCCCGGUGUCCUCGGAGAUGCCCGAUAGGAACAGCCAGUUGGACCACCUUCCCAGAUUGAAGAACUGGGCCAAAACCAGGAAAAUGAAAUUUCAAUAGGGACAAAUGUAUGGUUCUACACUUAGGCAGGAAGAACCACCUGCCCCCCCAAAAAAGUUUGCCAGUAAUACCUGUGAAAAGGAUCUAGAGGUCUUACUAGACCACAAGCUUAACAUUAGUCAACAAUGUAACGUAGCAGCAAACAAAGAUCAUGCUAUUCUAGGCUGUAUCAACAGAGGUAUAGUCUCCAGGUCAAGGAAAGUCAUAGUACUGCUCCAUUCUGCCUUAGUCAGACCACACUGGGAAUACUGUGUCCAGUUCUGGACACCAAAUUUGAAGAAGAAUCUUCAAGCUGGAAUGUGUACAAAGAGGGUGACCAAGAUGAUCAAGAGUCUGGAAACUAAGCCUUAUGAGGAAUGGUUGAGAGAGCUGGGUACAUUUAGCCUGGAUAAGAGGCAACGGAGAAGAGAUAGGAUAGCCAUCUUCAAAUAUCACAUGGAAGCUGGAGCAAACUUGUUUUUUCCUGUUCCAGUGGGUAGGACCAGAACCAAUGGCUUCAAGUUACAAGAAAGGAGAUUCCGACUAAACAUCAGAAAGAACAUUCUGAUGGUAAGAGCUGUUCAACAGUGGAAAGGACCGCCUUGAAAGUGGUGAACUGUCCUUCAUUUGAAGUUUUUAAGCAGAGGUUGGAUAGACAAUGGUCAUGGAUGGUUUAGUUGAGAUUCCUGCAUAGCAGGGAGAGCUCAGAGUCCCUUCCAACUCUACAAUUCUAUGAUUCUAUGAAAUCUGUUUUGAUGGACUGGAAACCAAACCACCUACUUUCCUAUUAUCUCCUUUGUAAGUUUCUCCUUAAUGUUGUUGUUUUUUAAAAGAAAAUAAAAAAACAAAACAACCCAUUAGAGUAACAGAAGCAACUUUUUAAUAUCUGCUAAAUAUAAUGUUUAAUUAGUUUUCUAAAUGCAUAUGCCAUUAGCUAACCAUUAGGGAUAAUGUACCCAUCUUCCUUUGCAGAAUCAGAGAAACCACUGAUUUAGUUAGACAGAUUCUGAAAGGUAAUUUGGCUGAAUAAGUGUAUUUGUAUCAUGAUUAACUGAACAAAGUUUUUUUUUAAUAAAAAAACAUUUCUGCUAGUGGUAAGGCGUCAUUUAUUCUGAAAGCUUUCUCUAAUUCUACUGGCUCAUUCAUGCCAUUUCAGACCUUUUUUUAUUAAAAAUAAUAAUAAUGGUGUCUCUGAAAUACAGACUCUUCUGAAACUUCAUUUAAAAGUCCAGUUGUUGAGAAAAUUCUUUGAGCAAUAUAAAGCAAACACCCAGAAACAUAUUUUGUAGGAACAAGGUGAGAUCAGGAGUAUUUAGAGCAGUGGUACUCAAAGGGUGUGGCAGGAGAAGAUGGCAAGUGUGGCGGAAAGAUUCAAGGGCAAUCAAAUAAACAUUUGAACAUAUCAGCGCAGUUAUGGUAUAGUGUAGUAUUAGGCUAGGCUAGGAAGAAAUUGAUGAGAUGAGUUUGUCUGUCUCGGAUCCAACUUAAUAUAAAUGAAAUUACCCAGCAAAAGCAAGCUCACACCUCCCAUUGAGUUUCCAUACAUAGUUAAGGUAAACAUGCAAGGGGCUUUUUAAAAAUUAUACUUUGGGAAUGAGUCCUGUAGCUACACUAUUUUAUACUUUCUGGAUGUCCCGUGAUCGUAUUAUAAAGUAAUUGCGUGCAAUGUUAUAUAUCAAGCACUGCUAGGAGUUGCUUCUUUUUGUUUUCCAAUAUAUUUCUUAUCAAUAAAAAACACCUGCAGUGGCAUGAGAUUUUUAUUAUGAAAGUGUGGCCCAGAGAAAAAAAGUCUGAGAACCACUGAUUUAGAGAGUCUGGGCGGAUACCAACGUGCACUCCUACUAAACCCUUCCUUCAAAGUUCUGCAGGGUUCUGAAAGCACAACUGAGGCAAGAGGGGGAGACCAAUUUCCUGAUAUUUCCCUAACCUCCUCCCACACCAACCCUCAAACUUGCCAGGCCUCUUAAGACAAACAGAAGGCAUAAAAUGCAUUCUCUUCCCCCAUCCCCUCCUCCUGUCCUCCUCCUCCAUCCUGGAAUAACAAGCUUUUUUAAAAUAAAAAUUAAAAAUGCCGUAACAGUUUUAAGACUUCUAGGAGAUAAUAAUGAGCUGGAUCAAGACUAAGGAUGCAAAACAAGAGUUAAUGGAAGGAUGCCUUGAGACCUAAGGACACAGCAGAUCUCCUCUCUGCCUGCAGAGGUAUCCAGCCUCUCAAGGCUCCCCUCUACAGGGGUAGAAAACCCUGCUGCCCUUGCCCACUUCACUGCUGGCACUUCAAUGGCAGUAACAUCUACGGAGUGAAACCUCCCAUUCCCCCCACAUCUGCCUGAAAGCGGGGAAGGGAGCAGACCAGCUCUGGAGCUGGCAUAGUUGUGCCACUGCAAGUAGUGGGAGAAAAUAUAAAGGGAAAAUACAUGUCUGAAGGGGGGGGGGCAGAGGGAGAGAGAGGGAGACAGAAAGACAACAAGAAAUCUUCCCUGCCAGCCUGAGCUUGGAUUGGGCAGUUCUUCUACUUGGUUUUUCUCUUCACUGUGACCAAGGAUUAUUCUUAAAUUAGUCUUCAGUUUGUCCUGUUGGUUUCGAUGAGACUAAAGCAUGACUAGCUUAGACUGAAUCCAACCCAGUCUCUGAUCACAGAAUGGAAUAGCUAGCGGCCUUUCUAGAUUCUACCAUGGCUUCUGCUUGAGCACCCAAAGUGCAGAUGGAUGCAACUUUCAGCAUCAAAAGUGAUUAAUACCUCCAGCACAUUGUUUGGAAGGGCUUUUUGUUGUUAAGCUGCAUCCUGUAAUGUUUGUACACAACAGAUGCCAUAAUAUCAUUAGGAGAUCAUACGGUUGCAAUCACAACUACUAACUGCCUGAAUUAAUAACAGUUUCAAAUUAAUGAAGCUUGGGGCAUCGUUGCCAUCCUUCAUGAACAUACAUUAUGAAUCUCUAAAAGUAAAUUCCCAUCAGUGGAUCAUUAACAGGGAAAUACCAUUUUUGAACCAAUCAAUAACAUGAAUCAGCUUUUCAAAAGGCACUUGUGCAGGUUUUAUUCAAAGAAAUAGAAUACCAGACGGACAGAGCAGGUACCCUUAUUAACCUCUUAAUGCAGAACCAUAUCCAGGAAACUCUACCAGCCUUGCAUUCAAACAGCCAGUACAGGCAUCUGGAGCCACAUUCCACACUUCCACCCCAUGACUCAACCUGCACUCUCAGCAGCAUCUCCUCCUCCUCCAAGCAGCCCCAGGUUUUCCUAGCUGGAAGCAUCAAGGAAAUCACUGCAUGGGCUGUUUUCAGAUUUUGCUUUGGCAGUGACUGCUCUUGCCUGUAGCUGGAAGAGAUAACAGUAGGGAAAAUCACAGAUGAAGCCAGACAGAGAGAGAGAGGAAAAGGCAAAGCAGCUAGUACAGCGAAUGCCUUGUUUUCUCUGGCAAAGAAAAGCUGUGGUGGCUGCUAGGGUGAGUGGCUGGCAGCAGUGACAGGGAAUCUCAACUUGCCAAAAGCACAAGGCUAGAAGAAGGCUCUCCAGCUGGAGAGCCUAGUCCUGGCAGAGCUGGAGACCAACCCAGGAGCAGAGAAGCUGCAGUGUGCAUAGUAUCUGGCUGCACUUAUGGGGACUCUUAGCUGGUUGAGCCCUGUUGCAACAUAUUCUCUUUAGCUGCCUAUGCUCACUGAACAAACAAACAACAGUCCAGAAUAGCGAUGUUCCUGUAGGGUGCUAAGGUACUCGAAUGGAUGAAGUUAGGGAACUAAUGUGCAAACAAGUAUAAGGCAACUAAUGUGUAGACAAGCUUUAAAUUGGCAAGUCAGCCAAAAUAGUUUGCUUCUUCCUGACACUAAUGCCCAAGCUCUGUACAGUAUAUGACUAUUUAGAUCACCCCAUUGAUUUCGGCAUGUUAUCUUUAAACAGUAUUUAAAACUAUGGUCUGGAAUUUGAGACUCUUGGAUUCACAAACUGAACCCAGUCUUCUAGGAGUGCAUAUGGUAUAGUGGUACCUUGGGUUACCUACGCUUCAGGUUACAGAUGCUUCAGGUUACAGACUCCGCUAACCCAGAAAUAUUACCUCGGGUUAAGAACUUUGCUUCAGGAUGAGAACAGAAAUCGUGCUCCGGCGUCGCGGCAGCAGCGGGAGGCCCCAUUAGCUAAAGUGGUGCUUCAGGUUAAGAACAGUUUCAGGUUAAGAACGGACCUCCGGAACGAAUCAAGUACUUAACCCGAGAUACCACUGUAUUUAAAAUUACAUACACACAGGCUGGGUAGCAUGCAGGCUGUUUAGCCACAAUUCAGUAUUUCUCAUGACUGGAUAUAUGUCCAUACCUUAUUUAUUUAAGUUUAUACAAACAUCAAAGAGACAGAUUAUCUGCAUUAACCUUUGGAGUUCAGAUCUCUUUACUCCUACAUUCUAGAUCACUAGAUACUGAUUGAAGUUUGAAGGUGGUAUUUGUUUAUGGAUGAAAACAAAUAGCAACUUGCUGAGAAAUAAAUGUGCUUGAGUGAAAAAUUUACAUAAUAUUGGGCAUCUACAUAAUUUAUUCUAUUAUGGACUUGGAAGAGUUUUGCUUUCUACAAUGUGACAUUUCAGGGUGUUUUUUGGCUCAUACAAAGUAAAUCAUAUAUCCAGUUAAAACCUACAGCCCUUCUUGCAGCAGAAACUGUACCCAACAAUAGUAACCACAGGCUAGGUCAGUGUCCACUAGGUCUUCUAAGGGUUUGGUAUACAAAUACUAGUUUCCACUUAUCCUACCAUAACCUAGUAUGUAGAUACAAGAUUGAUAUGAACCAUCAGUCCAUGUGACAAACCUAAUUUAAUAAAGUGGUCUGCCCUAUCGAUCAUGUCCCAAUGAAUUCAGUAUUUCACAUAAAAGUGUUGGCUUUUCAAUCUUCAUAUUUCUUGCCAUCCAAGGGAUCUUUGGUCAUAACAAAACUCAUGAAGAGAUACAGCAAAAUAGAUAAGCGAUAAAAGAUUGGGGACCGGAAUUCUGAGGAGGAAACAGAGCCCAAGAGCAUUAUUUUCUCCCACCACCACAACAAAACUUGAAAAAUUGUUUAAAACAAUUGAGCCCAAUCAGAUCAUGAGACCACCCCCAUUAAACUGGGAAGAGGGCCUUUUAAAAGUGAGGUGGUGGGACCCACCCGAGGCAUGACAACCUGAGCAUGAAACCAACAUCUGAUAUUUUUAUAUUCUUUGGGUCUGUCCAGGUUUCUGCACUCUGUGCCCUACAGCGGGUUGGUUCUUCCCUGUCACAACCAGGGAUCCACAUAUGCCUUUCCCCAUAGAAGUUGUUUAUGUCCUGGGAGAAGGGCCCUGUGUCCCUGUUGGCUAAAGAUACUGCAUCUGCGGUGAGGAGCAGGGUUUUCAAUGCAAAUUGCUCUGAGGAUACGGAACAACCAACCUUGUAUGGUUCGGAACUCUAUUGUGCUUUUAAGCAUUGCAGAAAGGAUGCUAAGCCGGCCUCUUCCAAAGUGCCUAUGGCUCUUGAACAAGCGUCUAGAUCUUUACUGCCAUAUUGUUGUUGCUGGAAAAGAGUAUCGCUUUUCUUUAACGGAACAUUGUUUAUGAGACUGUGAUCUUAGAUUUUGUGAUAUUAUGACUGGUAUUGGUUUACUGUUUAACUUUGUUAGAAGUUGCCUCCAGUCUUGGAGAAGCAAGAAACAAGUGCUUGAAACAGACAUCCCCAUCAUUAUCUAUGCCAUUUAAAGAAAGUCAACUGUGUGUCCAAAGUGUAUUUUCUCUGCCUUUAAAGUGCAGGUCAUAACCCAAGCGAAAAUUCCAAAAGUUUGCCACAAGGGAAAUGCAAGUGUACUGAAACAGUGAUUUUAAUCACUUACAGAUGAUGUGACUUCAAGGCACCCAGCUACCCACAGAAGAGGCUGCCUGCUGCAACUCUGCACGAGACCAAGUUCUGGCCUUCUAAGAACAGUGACUCAUGCAGAAACACUGGGGUUGGACUCAUCCGAAGGCAGGUAAUUCUUACUCCAACACAUUUAAGCCGUUUAAAGGAGUAAAGGUCAUGAAGCGUGCCUCCAAUUUUAACUGAGGAAUAAAAGUGUGUCACACAGCCAAAAGAAACCUAACAAUGCCAGACCUGCAUGUUAGAAUCAAGCCUCCAACUAAAACCAUAAAAAACAAGGGAUGAUUUAGAGCACACCGUGGGGAAGGGAUGAGAGCCUUGUCCCUACCACCGUGUAGGCUUUUGCUCAGCCAUCAUUUUGCCAACUGGAGCUCCAAGAACAGAAGAAGCCUUUGCCAGGGGAAAAUGUGGCUAUUUGGGGAAGAGAGAACACUGGCAAGCAAAGAAUUCAACUCUCACUACCAUUCAUGCUGCAUUUUUAAUUGCCCUCUGUCCUGCCCCUGUUUUUAAGAAUUUACUGCAAGCCCUAUCAAGUUAUGCCGUCACUGUAGCCAGUUUGAUCCUCAGCUUGCAGGAAAAGUGAAGUAAUUAUUGACUUACACCAAGACUGGGGAACCUGUGACCUUCCAGAUAUCACAGGACUAAAAUUCCAAUCAUCCCCAACUACUGGUCACGCUGGUGAGGGCUGAUGGGCACUGGAGGGUUCUCCACCUUAAACUCCAAAGGAAAUCACACGUUUCCAUGAGCCUCCUCUUACCAAACUAGACUGACAUCUCAAACAAAAAAAACCCCCACCCUGUAUCCACUUUUAACCUGGCCCUUGACUUUACCAGUGAACUGACUUUACUGUCUGUUCUCAUUACCAUUUCCCAGAAGUGGAGAUUAUAAUAUAUGUUAGGCUCUUUCUUUCUUUCUUUCAGCAUGGGGGGGGGGGGAGAGAGACGACAUUGAGAGAGACCAUUUAAAAAGGGAUUUGUUCAGCUAAAAGAAGCUAAGGACACACGGCACUCAUGCAUUCAGCACUCUGUAAUGCGGUUUGAAAACAUGCGUUGUCUAGGUUGUCACCCUGACAGACAAACGGCUUUCUCCUCCAUUAAUAUUCACAGGGGAUGCUUCUUUUUAGCAUCAUGUGUAAAAACAGCCUGGCACUUUUCAAAAUGGUCUGCAAAUAAACCACUUGAUGCCAAACUGCUGAAUAUAGAUGUGGACCAGAUCAGAUCAUGUAAGCCAAGAUCAUCAAGAUCUAAGCAGAUAUAAAUAGUAGGUUGCACUACAAAAAAAUAUUCCCUUCAUCCAGAGGAAUUCCUUUCCUGUUAAAAUUAAGAGAAACUUUGCAUGCAACCCAUAAGUUGCCAGAAUCUUCUAGGGUAUUUAGCCAAUGGGGUGGCGCGGGGGAACAGUAUGACCGCAUCAGUAAUACAGUCCAAUAUUGAACAGAAGAUAUACUUACUAAAUUAAUCCAUACUAGUAUAAUGAAUUAAAAGCAUUCUGUAGCACAAAGCAAGCAUAGCUGGUGACCACUGGCAACACAUGGCCUUGUGGAAUGACUGUGUAAGGAGAAUUCCAGUUGCAGGUAAAGAACCAAUAUUUUACAGUACAGCAGAGGUUUAACUAUAUGUCACUGACAUGUUUAUGAAGUUAUACAUAGUUUAGUUUUUGUCACAAAGCAAAGAAUUAAAAAAAAAAGAAUUAAAAGCAUUCCACACAAUGGCUAUUUCUGUCUUCCAACUUUAACAAAGGAAGACCUAUACAAUGUGUGUUUUAUACGAUCAAUAGCUGUUAUUAUGAAUCCCUACUGCAGAAAAAUUUUAUUACUAAAUCAAACAUGUCUCCAGAAUACUCAGUGGCUAUAGGCCUUGUUUGUACCUAAAGCUAUGACGGGAAAGCUUAGUCUGAACCUGAGUCCUAUCUAUAGUUGCUGCAGCCUGAAACAAUACACAAGCUGAAACACAGCUUUUCUUCAAAAUUCACAUAUAUGCUGUGCUGUUCACCAACCAAAUAAUAUUUAGGAAAAUGCCUAAAAGAGGGGAAGGGUGCACAAAAUAAAUAUAUUGGUUAGGUUAAUACACAGAUGUGUAUUAGUGGAAACUGCUUGCAAAACUGUGUGUUAGUCAAAGCUACAUAUAAAACAUGUGUGUUAAAAGAAAGUCACCAAAAUGCUUAAAAAAAACAUGAUGGGGAUCUCUAAAAAGAAGUAACAAAUUGCAGCAAAAUUCAGAGAACUGAAUUUAAGAUUGGCCAUUAUUCACUCAGGAUUUAGCACAAGGCAAUUAAUAUGCAGUUUUGGUAGCUUUUCCCCCAACUUGGUUUUGACUCAAUGGUGGGCUGUUGACUUUAACACCAAUGAUUCCUGGUCCACCAACUGGUUAAUUUAAUUUAGGGGUGGGGAACCUCCAGCCUAGGGCUAAAUUUGGCCCAGUGUGGCCCUCAGUAACUCCCACUGUGGCCCUUGGGACUCUUCCCAGGCCACGCCUCCUUCUGAGGCCACAGCCCUUCCUGGUACUAUUUGACACCCUCCUCAAAUGCCUUGAACUGUGCCUGGUUGCCUGAAUGGAGGAUGAUGAUGUGUGUAGGAACCUCUAGUUUUUGUGGUGCUGGAAUGUACAAAGUACAAAUGUAAGAGUCAUAUUUGUGUCCCCCACCCCAUUUGAUUCCCCACCUCCAUAGGUGAAAAGCCUUAUUCACAGUAGAACAAUACCUGCCUAUAGUAAUUAUUCUACAGGGGUGGGGAACCUCAUGGGAAACCUUCCUGGUGCAGAGGCCACAUCCUAGAGGUAGGUAGGGCCAAGGGCAAAAGUAGACAACAGGUGUGACUCCCGCCAUUGCAAAACAGGCUACAUUCAGGCAACACAAAAGUCAGAAGUAUCAACACAUACCCCUCCAUCCUGUUAAGGCAAGCAAGAAGUACAGUGGUACCUCGGGUUCAGAACUUAAUUCAUUCUGAAAGUCCGUUCUUAACCUGAAACUGUUGUUAACCUGAAGCACCACUUUAGCUAAUGGGGCCUCCCACUGCUGCUGCUGCGCCGCCGCCACACGAUUUCUGUUCUCAUCCUGAAGCAAAGUUCUUAACCCGAGGUACUAUUUCUGGGUUAGCAGAGUCUGUAACCUGAAGCGUCUGUAACCCAAGGUACCACUGUAUCACCACAGCUUGCCUUCUCUGGGCAGGAAUCUCUGGAAGGAGCAACAGUGAAACACGGGAGCCCAGAGAGCAGUCUAUAGUGGAGCAGUCCAGGCAAGUGAAAAGCUGUCCUGAAAUGCUAGCAACUACGAAUAAACCAAAGAUGCAUUACAAUCCGAACACAAGCCAUAUUUCUUUUCUCUAACCUUCAGUAUGGAUUAGAGAUAAAGGCUUUUUGUCUUACUGGUAGCAGCCUAAGAUUUCAUUGUUCUAUAAAAAUAAUAAUGAGCUCAUGACUAAUACCUGAUGGUCCAUAAAUUAAAUAAAUAAAAACAUCCCAACAAAACAACAUAAAAAGAUCAGGCGUAUAGGUUCCCCAUCAUUUUUCCGUGUCAACUAUUAAUUUUAUUUAUAAAGCAUGGUGUGUGGAGGGGGCAGGGCGCGUGUGUGCAAUCCUGCAGUUGGCAUUUGGCUGGCUUACCAAGUGGCAUAAGUGCCAUUGCCACCGGUGGAGAGGAAGGCCCACUGUCAGGGUACCACCUAUGUCCUCUGCCAACAGUGUGGGCCAAAACAGGACAUUCCUUGUUGGUGUCAGGGCAAGGUCCAUGAAUGCCAAGGAUUCUAAGCCCCCACCACAUGCUCCUAAAUGGGCAUCAAAGCUAUGCCAGCCCUGGGACUGGCCUACUUAUCGCCCUUUGUGAAACAGAAAUGGGAACAGCAGCCGCACCACCACCUCCUGCCCAGGGCACGGCUAGUCAGCAGGACUUUGGGUGUGUUGGCUGCUGAGCCACACACAACGGAACUGCUUUUUGUUACAUGCUUCUCUGCAUAUGAUGAAAACAUCCAGCAAAGCGAAACGUUUUAAAACCUGUGUGGCCCAGAGCCUGCAGCAGCAAAAUUCCCGUUUAGAAUCCGUCAUCUCUGAAGUACUUCUCAAAUAAAAAAUGUUUUAACUUCCCAACAAAAAGGGCACACACAAAAAAUCUGUUGUACUUAUGAGUUCCAUAAGGAGGGCAUGCCAAACUCUGAAACCAUUGCCCUGUGCCCUCAUUGUUCCAACGUCAGUCAAAGAGAGUAUGUGAAGGGGGGGGGGGACCUGGCCAGCCCAAGACAUGCUGGUGUCUGAGGCAGAACAGCAAAUGAAACCCCCUGCCGCGUGCACCAUCAAAUCGGGGUGCAUUAAGUAUCAAGGCUGGCCAGGUUAUUUUAGCACCCAAGACACAAAGCAUGACAAAAAACACAAUACAUUUAAUGUCCAUUUGUUGCCCAUUCGCAAUUCCCAAAAUCAGCUGUCUGAAGGCAGCCACCUCACUCUAUGCAACAGGAGGGCUGGCUCUCUCAGCAGCUGACUGGAGAGGUAUAUAUGGGGGAAAUGCUCCGUAAAGCAGGGGUUUCCAAAUUGUGGUUUGCAGUCCACCUGCAUGCCUCAUUCAGGUGGUCCAUUGUUGUCUGCCUGUGAAGAACAGCAGGAGCAGUGGCUGGGAACAGUUGGCGCAGUGCAUUAAAUAUUCACAUUGAUUUUAAUCGUAUUUUUACUGCUUCUAUUAGUUUUCAUACGUGUAUUUUAUUAUUUGCUGAAUCCAAACUGCAACACAAUAAAAUACAAUAUAAUAAAUAAAACAAACAAAAACACACACCCUAGCACAGCACAUUACAUUACAAUUGCUACAGAAGGCAAAAAACAAACAAACCACCAUUAAGGGGUCUAUCAAGAUCCUCAGCAAUUCUCAAGCGGUCCAUGGGGGGAGGGGAGUUUGGCAAUCACUGCCCUAAAGUACAGUACACAUGUAAUGUUCUAAGGAAGAAGCACUUUUUACUUUUUAGAGGUACAUCUAAGCUCACCCAAAUAUGACAGGUCGGUGUUUUGAACUCACCCAGGCACACUCAGAGACAGGGAUUGGGGGCAUGCACAGAGGCAAAUGAAGCUUGGCUACUGGGUAGCAAGGGAAAUGGCCCUGCCUAAUUGGUCAAAGAUCAAUAAAUCUGGGCAGCUUUCAAAAUUCAUCCAGAAGUCUACAAUACUUUCCUGUUACCUAUGUGGAUAUUUCAGUAACUGGUGUCACACCUCUUUCAGACUUCAUUUCUCCCACACAAUAGGCACCUUUUGCGCUAGACACCCUGCAUUCCUAAUUAACGUUGUGCUAAUAAGCAUCUGCAGCUAUGUUGACUCAAAAAUUUAAAAUGGCAUUAGUCAUCUACUGAGGUCCACAAGCGGAAAAUGUGCACCUAAGGAAGCUAACUUUGUUACUUUGCUGAGGAAGGGGGUACUUCCAGUGGCAAGUUUGUUUUCAAGCCUCAUGAGGAAGGAGGCAAGAGUCUCGCAUGUGAGACAAGAGCAGGAAUUGGACUUCAGCCCCACUUUAGAAUGUUAUCUCCUGACAUUGACUCUUAACACUCGUUCAUGAUGCUUUUGAAUAGAAUAAAUAUUUAGUCAAUGAGAUAAAUAAAAUGAUUAGCAGACUUCAGUUCACAUGAAGCUCAACUAAGAUAAGGAGGAGAAAAGACAGUUAGAUAAAAAGACUCAGCUAUGCCUCCUGUUGGACCCACAACCUGUAUUUGGUAUUUAAGGAUCAAUCAGCUUCGGUGAAUAAGGAAGGAGGAAACUGAGCAGCAUUUGCAAAUGCUCACUAAAAGGAAGUUCAGAACUGGCAAGCAUUCAAAUAUAAAUGUGCUGCAUCUUGCAGUUCUCUAGAACAACCUCUGGUCCUAUACAAACCAGUGUAGUGGGGAGUUCUGCUGUGCAAUGCCACCUCCCAUAUGUUGGGGUUUGUAGUUAAUUAAGCUACUGAAAUGAAUGGGAGCUGCAAGCUCCUGCACAUUUAGAUACUGAUUAAACAGGAGAACUUUCCCUUGCAUUGUUCCCUUACUGCAGUUUUCGCCACUGACCAUUAGUAUUUUUCGCCAGAUCUCCUACACCUGCAAUUCCAGUCCCCACACAGGAAAAUCUGCGUUCUUUUCCUUUCUAUCUAGAUCUUCAUUCAGCAUGGCAUAUGCUGCUAGACAGGUGUUAAGUUACAUGGCGGCAGCAUUACCCAGCAAACAAAUACAGCAAUGGGCACACCUGUAGCUGCUAAAUUUCUGCUUCUCAGACACACAAGCUCUGAAAGAGAAAAAAGUUCUGACAUAUACACACACACCCCAAUUCACAAGUGGCACAAUCCAGACUCACAAGAAUUCAUAGCAUCACUUCUGAAACAACCCUUCUAGCGGUUUUCCAUUUGUUAAAACCAAUAACCCGAUUCUGCAGCCAAUAACCCAAUUCUGCGUACAUUUGCCAAGAAGCAAGUUCCAUUGAAUUCAAUGGGACUUAAUCUCAGGUCAAUUCCACAGUAUUGUCAUCUAAGAAGCUUUGAUAUUUAAAGAAGAUGGACUAUUUUUGAAAAUGCGUUUCUAUUCCUCAUCCAGUAUGCAGAUGCUAAGAACAUAAAAGCAUAAAGGUUACAAACAUUAAAGAAGUAAAGAAGGCGGCAAAUUAAUGUUAAAGGGGAAAACAUAUUCAGUUUCUGGAUUAGCAUUUGCACUAAACCAUAUUCAGUUUAAAGGAGGAGACCUAAAAGCAGCUUCCAAAUUAAUUUGUGAUAAAUAUGAUGCUGCAUUUUACAGUGAAACAUCAGUUUCCAAAACAUGAACAUGUGUAUUCAAAAAAUACAACACUGUACUGCUGGGGGGGGGGGAAAGGAUUUUGGGAGAAUGAUAAUAUACUGUCCUUCCCUCUCCCCUCCUUCCAUUUCUACCCAUACCAUCAAUAUUUAGAUUGUAAGCUCCUAUGGGCAGGGACCUGUCUAUUUUGCCGCCGCUGGCAUUAUUUAGACAAUAAUACAAAGAGGCAUAGCCUAAGCAAAAAUCUCUAUUAAACAUUUCUGAAAACAUUCAGUACACUUUUGAGUAUAAAGAGAAAAAGGGGCUUUAAAAUGUUUGCAUUCUAUCAAUUUUGACCUUGAUGUUAUGGUUUCAAGCUACAAACACCAACUGAAGAGGCACAGAAGUUUAGAUUGAAUGAUGGACUUAAGGAAGAUCUGAAAUAGGGUAAGGGGCCCCGGGUAUUCUUAAGAAAUGUGUAAGGCAGAAGAAGAAAAGGCUUGUGUAAGUCAAUCAGUGCUUCCAAGACUCAAACCAAAACCUCCUUUUUCCACUGUUUUUAACUGAUGGCUAUUUAAAACCACUGUGAACUGGUUUAAAAUUGUUAAUCAUGACCCAGCAUUCAGCAAACGAUCCUCCUCUAGAUCAGCCACUGAUGUUUACCUGAAAAAAGGUGUUCCUUUGUUUUGGCUUUUGUUAUUUUGAAUGAUUUAAAGGGGACCCUCACCCCGGGAGAGUGCGAACAAGUUUCUUUACAACACACAAACUUUGAUUUAUUCACGUAAACAUCAGAAACGCUUUGGCAAACACGGCCAGAUGGAGGGGAGGAAGAUAAUGGCUUUUUCUGUUUGCCUUAGAAACUAAACAGCUGCGGGAAGCAUCAUCUGUGUGGCGAGCCAAUAACUUUUCAUCUUGUAGGCUCUUCCAUUUAUCAACCUGAAGCCAAUUUAAUUUGAUGAUGGCGGGGAGAGAGAAAGAUUUUUUUAAAAAGAUCUUUCAUAAACUUUAAAAAAGUCAUUCCCCAUUUUUGCAUCUUGAUUUGUUUGAAAUCAGGGUUUAUACACAAGAAUGAUGAGAUUGUAAAAAGAAAAAGAAAUAAAAGAGCAAAUCAAGAGCUAAAGAUCACAGGCAUAUUAAGGGGUGGGGUCGUUUCGGAGCACAGUCUGUCAUCACCAGGAAGGGUGAUCCGAGUAAAAGUUAAGCAUUUUAAGACUGCAAUCCGAAACACAUUUCCUAAGACAUAAGCCCCCUUCCCCAAUAAAGAGGGCCUUAUUUCCAAAUAAACACACACAAAGUCUGCAGUCCUAUGCCUCCUCAGUCAGGAGUAAGCCCCACUGAACUCCCUGGGACGCACAAUUCAAUCCUAUGUUUCUUCGGAAGCAGCACUUAGUUCAAUGGGGCUUACUCCCGAGCAAGUGAGCUUCUUAGAUUGGCUUCCUGAGACACGAGUAAACAUGCGUAAAACGGGGCUGCAACACCCACGGAUCCCAGCAGAGUAAAGCCAAGCAGGUGCUCAACGCUCUGCACAGAAACCACGGAACGAGGAGCCAGCUGCACGUUUACAAUGAAACGCAUCUCACUGAGAGUAUAUUCAAUUACUGUAAUGCGUUAACUGGCUGAAUCGUGCCCUAAACCAGUGCGAAGAGGGUUUCCCCAUCAGAUCUACUUACCCUCGCAUAGGACGACAACACUUAACGCCCAACGGGCUAAAGGCAUCUUUCCCCCUCGCAAUAAUCCCAUCGCCUCUCCUAACUUCUUCGACGGCAGGGAAGAAGUCUUGGCAAGGCUCUCUGGAGUUCAAACGUGCACGAGAUAAGAUAGUUCUCCGCGUUCCCUCCAAAGCAGGCGCCUGGGUCUUGGGUGGGGAUGCAACAGUCCGCUCCUCAGUCAGGUCGCCCCAUCCUCCGAAGGGUCUCCAGAUCCCCCCCGGCUCACUAGCGGCUGCCAAACGCCAACAACACCAGCAGGUGCUCGACUGGAAAGGGGGGGUUCCCGUCUGCUCCUGCCGGCCUGGGUCACGAAGAGCCGCGCUUGGGGCGCCUCCCAGGUCUCUACUCUCCCCAGAAAUCGAAAGAGAGGUAGAGACCCAGAAGCGCGCAGGGACGAGGCGGAUUCAGCCCACCUGUCUAGGGCAGCACUGGCUCAACUCCCGUUGGUCUUUAGCCGCCCAUCGGAGUCUACGGGGUGCUUCUUCAUUGAAUCUGGAAGAGGGUGAGGGGGGAGAGAGAGAUUGGAGCGGGUUCAGACCGUGGUGGGGGGAAAAGUGGAAAUUAAGAUCUGCUCCGUUUGCUUCCAAGGCGGCUGGCGCGCUCAGGAACUGCACGGCUGCAUUGAUCUUCUCCAAGUGCACUUUGCAGCGCCCCCUCCCAGGCGAAGGGGGAAAGGAUGCCGCUCCGACGCCUCCCUCCAGCCGGGAAUGGAAGGAGUUCAGUCGCUCUGCUCCGCAAGAUCUAAGAGCAGCUCGGCUUUUGUGCUGAGCGAGGGGCGGUGGUGCUGCUGGCUGCCGCCUGGGGUGGUCUGGGCCAGCUGGGAACUUGCCUGGGUCCUUGCGGCGGAGCUGCCGUGCGCCUAAUGAGGCUGCUGGCAGGCAGGCACAGAGCGAGCGAGCGAGCGAGCGAGCGGGGCUGUUCCCCCUCCUCGCGGUGGAGCUGCUGCGCGGAUGGCUCGGUCCAGGCAGCAAAUGGACAAGCCGCUGUCUUUCUCCCCCCCUCCCAAGUUAAUGAACAAAUUGCAGCAGCGGGGGGGGGGAGGAGGAGUGUGAAACUGAUCGAGGGCAGGGCGCCUGGCUGCAGAGGCAGGAAGGGACUCACCGAAAGGGGGCCGAAAAAGAAAAACGGGGGAGGGAUCAAAUCUCAAGAAAGGAGGGCAGAGUCAAGGGGAAGCUCAGGACCGCUUUGCUACAGGUGCUGCUGCUGCAAACUCCAGGUGUAGGAAGUUUGGGCGAGGGCGCCUAAUGCAAAAGACCAGCAUUUGGAAACGCAACUGGUCCUUGCAUAAUUUGCGCAACGUUGUAAAAACGAAAGCACCCAGCAGUUUGGAGAUGGGGCGGCAUCCAUACAGCUUCCAGGCGCAGCGGCCGGGGACGUCGUCAUCUGCUCCCUUCCCCGGGCUUGGUUGCAAGAUAGCAGAAGCAGAGUGGAAGGCUUGGCUCUUGAAAAAUGGCCGGAGGGGUUGGGGCAAGCCCAGAGCUGGGUGCGGAAGAUUGGGCCUGCAAAAUCGAGGCAAAAAGUAGGGAUGGGGUUGAACAGGGAGGACAUCCAAACAAACAUGCAGAAAGGAGUUACUAAAAGAUCUGGAGCAGAGCAGGGGGGCGGGGAAGAGAGGUGAUAAAGCAACAGCAGCCUGUCCUCUGUAACUACAUCUUAAUACGAAGGUACCGAUUUCAGAAUAGUAACUUGCCCCGCCCUGGAUACAUUAAACAUGCUGAAUAAUUAAUUGCUGGGGAAACAGAUAUUUUUGUCUGAUGGUGAGAGGAUGCUUAAGGGUAGGCAAGCUACCUGGCAGAUGCCCAAAGUAGCCUAGAAUGUAUGCCUGCAGCUGCUGCUUAUUAGUGUAACACCACUUUUGAACCACAGAUUGGGGGGGGGGGGACUUUGCUCAACCUAUUAGCUUUCCCAGCAAGCCAUCAAUACUCAGCUAAAAGCCCCAGCAAACGUUGCAUGUAUUGCGGAAUGGAAGCACUUGAGUGCCUCAGCCACUUCUGUUGCAUAAUGCCAACACCAUCUCUGUAGUUCCCUCUGUGUACAAUUUCUUCUUCGGGGGAGAAAAGUUGGAUGAACUUUCCACACUGAGACCUGUCCCUUUUUUUUUUUUUUUUUUUGAAUAUGUUGCAAGAGGUCGACAGGGCUUACUCUCAAGUUAAGUGUACUGGGGAUUUUCACAAGCCUUAAGAAUAAAAAUUUAAAAAUCGGUGUUCGAAAACACCUACAUCAUACAGGCACACUCAUCAGAGAUGAGUGCAUAUGCAGCAGCCAACCCAGCUUAGCUGUUGGUAGCAAGGGAAAUGGCUCUACUCGCUUGGGUGAAGAUCAAUCCAUAGGAAUGCUUUUCGGCUUCUGGAAGUUUCAGAUAACAUUAUACAUUUCUUGCCCAGGAAGCAUUACUUAAAAACUCUGCAAAUGUUAUGUUUAUGUUCCCGAGAAACCCUAAGAGCAGCUACUAAAACCACUCAGUAUUAUGGAGCCCUAAAUGAAUGCACACACCAGUAAGAAUAUGUUCAUAUCUGCAAGUAUCCAGUCCAGGAAUUCACAAAGUCUCUGUCAUGAUAAAUAAAUAUAAGGAACUAUUGGGUCCAGAGUAGCUUGAAAGCUGCAUCUCUGCAGGAUUUAAUGCUCUGAGGUCCCUUACCCCACUCCAAGAACCUGGAAGGUGGGUAAUUGAGCCAUAUGUCUGCAUCAUGUUCAAUUCCAUAAUUCCCCACCCUCAGAUAUGCCAUAACUGCUCUUUCCCUUAAGGGAGUCUACAAGAGUCACUUCCCCUGAACUUGUCUCCUUCCAAUCUGGAGUCAUGAGAAGCACAGUGAUUCAUACAAAACUUACAAAGCGUGGGGAAUUCUUACUCUUUCACACUGUAUUUUUAUGCUGUGCACCACCCUGAAAUCUACUGAUGAAGGGGAAGAAGAAGAAGAAGAAGAAGAAGAAGAAGAAAGUAUACUUGCCUUGUGGUGAGGAAGUAUGUUUUGACUAUCACAAGUUUGGAAAAUACUUUUCUGGCUGGCCUGACUGCUGAUGCAAAACAAACCUAAUGAUGACAUCAGUAACUUUACUGUCACUAUUUGUCAGCAGCUCCUCUUGCUUUUGGACCACAAGUCUAUCCAAUUUUCAGAGCUAUCUUGGAAACCGUUCUCGAGUGCUGCAUUGGAAUUGCACAUAGGGUACACCAUGUGCCAGAUGAGCAAUAUCAGGUGAUGCUGCUGUGCCUGAGUCAGUGAUUACAAAAUGUAGAAUAGUCUUUUCUCAUAACCAAGCAGCUAUCUCUUCUUCCAAUAAAACCAAGCUACCAGGAGUUAUUGAUUGCUUAAAAACAAAUGGAGCAUUUGCUGUGCCUUGUUACACUGUGGGUUGUGAUCACUCCCUUCUCUGUGUAUGCCUUGGAAUGUUUCCUUUUUGGUUUCACUUUCAUUUUGCCAUCGCUCCUGUGUUGUAGAGUGAUUCCUUCACUUGCUGUGUUGGCCAAGUCUUCUCUCUGCUUGGAAUAAAUGAAGGAGGUUGUGCUAGGUGUCUUUAUGGCUGUAGGCAGUUUGCUGCUUCUGUAAUUCCUCAUGUGAGCACAUGUUUGGAAUCCCACCUGGGGGAAAGCAAAUGGGGUAGAUUUCUGAUCAAAAUCACCCUCUCAUAAAGCUGAUUUUAUGUUUUCUUUAGAACAGCCAUUGUGGCUUCCUUUGUAUGCAACAUAUAGUCUGCCCCCAACCCCAAUUCUCUGUUACGCUGUUUUCCUCAACCAAGCCCAUGGCAACUUUGCCCUCCUUGAAAUAUCUAAAGACUAGAGUGACUCGCUUAUUGAAGGAACACCUAGUGAACCUAUUGAUUGAUCAGGGUUUAUGAGCCUUUUGAUUACUUUAGCACUACUUUCCUCCUUCCCACCCAUGUAUGUUGUGUGUUUCACAUUGCAAGUCUGAAGGCAAGAACUGUCUCUUUACAGAUUUUUGCAAGCUCUUUGGGAAAAGAGCAGGGUGAAAAUGCUUUAAAUAAACAACUUAAACACCCACCCACCACAAAAUCAGUAGAAAAUGAGGACUUCCUUCACGACACAUUAAAAAACCAAAUGGAGAAUAACAGAAAAUCUAAUCACAGACUAUCUGAAUGCAGUGCAGACAUUUUCUGCAAUGAUCACAGCCAUGUAUCUGCUAAUAUCAUCCUCUAUGCCUUCAGUCUACCAUGUUUAUGUGCCAUUUAAUCAGAUCCAAAGGCUACCAUGGUUGGUCAAUUCUCAGCCAAUUUCAUCAUGUAGUAAUGCCUGCAUUGCUUGAGCAACUGAGGCACGGUAGGAGACUAUACAGGUGCCCAUGAUGUAUUUGUCUGACCAGUUAAACCGAGCUUAAGCAGUCUGAAAAGCCAAUAAACCUCAAAGCUGCCCUAACAAAUAAUGAAGUUUGUUACUGACUCCAUUUCUGGAUCGCCGGCCUACAUCCACAGACUGUGCUAGGCUCUGCAUUGAUCCACCGAGUUCUCUUCUGGCUCUACAUAGGACUGAAAACUCAUCCUGAACCACAACUCCAUCCCGAGAGGCUAGUUGUUGUUUACCACAGAAGUUUGGGAAAGGUUGUAGCUCACUGGUAGAGUGCCUGCUUUGCAUUUAGAAGAUCUCAGGCUUGUUCCCCAGCAAUUUCAAUUUCUGCUGCAUUUCCCCAUCCAAGUAAUGCUGAAAAUGUACCUUUAUUUGCCUACCUUCACAUCCACAACCCCGUGCAAAGUAGCUAACCUGCGGCAAAGUCUCCCCUGCCAUACCUUUCAUAAAUAGCCCUAAUCAAUUAAGCCUGUUUCAGCUUCCUUCAAUUUUAUUUUAAAAAGCAACAACAAGCAUCAUUUCCAUUAAUAGAAAAUAUUAGUCCAUCCUGCAGUGCUUACCUAAGUAGCAAAAACAUUAAACUUUGGAAGCAUAAAAUAUAAAUGAUCUAUAUUGAGCAGUGAGGUCACUGCUGAAUCAUAGUCCUAGUCAAACAUAGGUCAUAAUCAAAGUACUAAAAAGCCUGCAGGUCAUCAUCUGGUCAAAACCUCUGCUCUACACAGAGAUGGGCACUAAGAGGCCCAUUGACUUUCCCAACGUAGAGCAUACCUCAUCUGCUCAGAGAGAAUGGAUAGCUGGUUGGUUGAGGGAGCACACCAGAAGGAAAUGGAAGCUCCCCGUAGGUCACAGAAGCAUUCUUGAAUCCAGGAUAAAGCUAUACUGGUGGAAGGUGCAGUGCACAUAACCGGAAGAGACAGCCUUGCUUCCAGGAACCAUGAUGGAGUGACAAGGAUUUGAGCCAAUGUGACUGCAGCAUGGAGCGAUGAAUUUACAUGCAUUCGCAUUUUGCACAAAUGGCUUCCCACAGUCUCCUUAAAAAAGAAAAGAAAAAACAACCCAAAGUGAACUCAGCAACUCUGAGGGAGGACACAAUAUUUUUCAUUUAUACUACUACAGUGAUCCUCGGAUGAAAGGUGGUAUAUAAAUUUAAUUAAUAAUAAAAAUAACAUUGAAUAACAAUGUAUUGGGGUGGGGUGCCCAAAAUACUUCACUUUAUUUCAUUCAUAAAUAAAACAACCAACUAGCAAUACAGAUCAGCAGUUGGAGGGUCAGGCUGAAGAACAAAUAUAGCGGCUCACAUAAAAGGCCACUGAGUGGCUGUGUUUACAUGCAAUCAUAAUCCAAGAAAAAUGGCUUUGUAAACCAAGCCAGAACUGCUUGCUGGUCUAAAACCAUUCUUGUUGGCUUAUGCAUCCUGGCUUAUUAGGGCAAAUCAAACCACAACCCCAGGCUCAGAUGUAAUGCUAAGCUUAUCCUCUUCCUGCUUUACCUGCCUGCACCAAAAGAGAAGCAAAGUGAGGAGUUCAUGCACCAUGCAGUUUUUUAAGCCAAGCUUCUUGGUUUACUGUUACAGGCCAAUAUGGUUGGUGAGUUAAUGAUUGAGCUGAGGCAUAGUCCUAGUCCUUAUGGAGGUUAUACCUCUGAAUUUCAGAACCUACCAUGCCACCGUUCAGAACUUCAGAAAUGUGGGUAGCAGCUCACAUGAUUGUAUGUUCCUGCUUUCAAAAACCUUAUCUUCAUAAAUAAAACUAGCAUGUUAAGUAGAAGGCCAGCACCUCUGUCUUGAAAUCAGCUUUCCAGCUAUCUAUUUGAUGCUUUCCGAGAAAGGUUCUCUCUUCUAAUCAACGCUGUCUCUACAAUGUAGGAAAACUUCCCACUAUCUACAAAACACUGUUGCUCACCAUCCUCUGCUCACACCUAACUUCUAGAAAACAGAGCUCUCUCUAUUUCUUUCCAUCACGUUAUAUAGCAAAAAAAAAAAAAUCACACCCACCAAAUUACAAAGAUAAAAGUUAUUGCAAACAAUGGCUGCUAAUUUUGCCCAUUGGUUUGCAGUUUGGCAGGUGACAUAACCCACAAAGCCCACAGUCUUCCUGUGCUGUGUUGGCUUCAUAUCCCAAUCAACAAUGAGAACAGCAUGAAGGAACUUUCUCUACAUUCCCAGUCCUGCUUAGCUGCCUUCCUUAGAGGCCCCAGUCUGGCCCCACCACAGAGAAACAUCCCUGCCUUCCCCAGGUUAUGCCCUCUAAUGUUUUCUGGAUACACUAUGCCAGUAGGGCCCAAAUGCUCUAGGCUGCAUUUCUAUAUUCUUUCAUGAGACUUACUUCAACGUUGACAUAGGCUGCAGUCCUGUGCAUAGAUACUGAGAGUACAUCCCACUGAACUUAAGAAAGCCACUCACACCAUUAACCUUGAAGGCUUUCGUUUAAGUUGUGCCCUUGGGUAAGGAAGCCCAGGGUCCUUACAAAUGCUGAAAGUGCUCAUAUAAAAUAGUUUUUUGCAUUCAAGAAAGAUUUGCUUGCUUAUUUUUGCAUGCUGGGAAUCUGUAGAGACAGUCUGAGAGCUGGAAAUUAACAGAGCAGGAAAGGUAGAAACUAAUGAAUCUCUAUCAGGAUAAUAAUGUAGGAAAGACAACACGCAGGCAAAAUAUGCCUCAAAUCAAUGGUUUGCGUAGAAAUGUUUUACUCUUAAUUGAUCUUGUUCUUGAAUCAUAUUUUUUUUUAAGAAUAUCAACCCAUAAAUGAAUCAAUAUGGGUGUCAUCUAAAACUAAAGAACAAUUGAAUGAAACGAAUGAAAGGGCUUUUCAAAGGCAUGGGGACCAAUACAUUUGGGCUGAGGCAAGAUUGUUCACCCAUGAGGCAAGGUGAGGAGACCACUUCAGGCAACAGGCUCUACAGAGGCAGCAGAUCUAGCCACCAAUGAAUGCACCAAUAGCAGCAGUGCAAUCCUUGGUGAUCAGACCUCUCCCUGCCCCCCUCCAGUUCCACCUCUACAGUGGCCUCUUGGCCAAUAGGAGGCACUGUGAGUCCCCUCCCACUCUUGUUCCCAAUGUAUAUCUUUAUCCCCGCCCCACUUGUUCCUGAUGUAGCUAUUCAUUUACCCCUUCUUCCCUGGUUGGAGAGGGGGCGCCAUUUUGUGGUUAGCCUCAGGUGCCAACAAGUCUUAAGCUCUAGACAAAGGUCCUAGAAUUUUUCAUCCCAAAACUUUUUAAACUACCAUAAUCAGGGCCAGCCCAAGACAUUUUGCUGCCUGAAAAUACAAUUUAGCAAAAUAGCAUGCCAGAGUUUAUACUGAGCCUAAUAAGGCCUCAUGCCUAAUGUUUAUUUCAAGUUUGGGUUGCCCCCAGAAGAAGUUUAAAUGACGUGCAAAGCAAACCUAAGUGGGCUGGUGAAGUGGCAGAUGACCCAAAGCUCUGCUGUCUUACACCAACCAUGGUGGAUGGCUUGAGUGUUUCUUGCCCAUACAGUGGUACCUCGGGUUCAGAACUUAAUUCAUUCUGGAGGUCUGUUCUUAACCUGAAGCUGUUCUUAACCUGAGGUGCCACUUUAGCUAAUGGGGCCUCCUGCUGCAAUUUCUGUUCUCAUCCUGAAGCAAAGUUCUUAACCCGAGGUGCUAUUUCUGGGUGAGCGGAGUCUGUAACCUGAAGCAUCUGUAACCUGAAGGUACCACUGUAUUUCAACUUUUUCUCACUGUUGAGAGAGAGGGAAUGGGGGAGCAUCUGUGCUAGCCCCAGGCUAAAGUUGGUAAUGAACCCAGCACAGGGGCCCAUUGGGGGAAUGAAGAGGCUUUGGAUCCAGCAAAUCCAAGGCUGCGUCUGCUUCCAGAACACCCCAUUCCCAAGCCAAACCUUGGCUACCACCAGCAAAAACACCGCAAGAUCUAUGCCAUUGUAGCUUUCCAUAGAUGUAAUGGGUGGGAAACUUGCCACAACAUGCAUUUACACCGCCACCAAAAAAAUCACAUCAACAAUGAAGGGGAUAUCCACCCAAUCCUCAUGCCUAGCAGAUCUGGGGUUCAUGGUUGUGCUCAUGGUUAUGUAGUUAUUUCCCUACAAUUUAUACCUCAAGACCACAAUUUAAGCAAGUCCUACAACAAAGCAACUUUCAUGAUGCCAAGCAGUUUUGGAUCUGGUCACAGUACUUGCAUGGGGGGACCAGUAAGGGCCCCCAUCUACACUGCCCUGAGAGCCACGAAAGAAAGAAAACAGAAUAAAAGUGUGCUUUAAAAAAAAAAGGUGAUUGCAGAAAACUCGGUGGAAUUACUCAGGGAAUCUAAACAGGGGAUAGUUUUUAAUGUUUCAUUAUUGAAGUGUUUGUCACAGGGGAGAGUUGCUCCCCCUACUCUGAGAUAUGAAGGCUGCGCUAUUGAUUAGGAUUCAUCAUUGAAUUUUGACAAACUCUUUGUCACACUGUAACUCGUUUUGUGAUAAAUAAUAUCUUGCUAAGGAUAGAUGAGACAACAGUAAUAGAACAGAUGGGUUCAAUCUUUUCAGCAGAGACUUGGAAAAAAGACAAUGAAAGGAAAUGUAUUGUAGUAGAAGGGAAAUCAUUCUAGCGAGAAGAAUUAUUUUCAUUCAAAAUGUCCUUAGUAGUCAGGCUAACUGAGCAUUUUAAAGUAAUUCUCGCUGUCAGUAAACAGACAGUUUUAAGUAUGCAUACACUGAAAUGAUUCCAUAUGUGCAAAUGAAUAACUGCUAUUUUCCACCCUUUAGGAGAGACAGCAAAUAUUUUGUGGGUCUCCAUCCACCUGGCUUGGCGCUACCAGCUCCACCAUAUUCCCCAUGCAGCCAAGUUGCUCCUCUUCCCUCACUCCUACACCACAACACCUGCACAAUUCCUUUGGUGUCUACUCACUGCAAUGAAACAUUCAAAAUCCAUCCAAUUUCCUUGAAAGCAGCCUAUCC